AUGGCAGACAAGCCGGACAUGGGGGAAGUCGCCAACUUCGAUAAGGCCAAGCUGAAGAAGACGGAGAUGCAGGAGAACAGCCUGCCGACCAAAGAGAUCAUAGAGCAGGAGAAGCAGAGUGACAUUUCCUAA